UUUCAAUUUUACUUUACUCCUUCUUCGCCGGCUUCGUUCAUUGUCGUCUCCACUAGAAUUCGAUUUCGAUCAAUAAUAUUUUAAUCCAAAGGAAUCCAACAAAUUACAAUGUCUGACGAAUCAUUCUAUGGUGUAACAUUGUCGGGAGAAGGCAGCAAAGUCGAAUGGGAGGUUCUGUCCAAUGAUGAAGAUUUUCCCCGUGGCCAAAAAUUAAUUAUCAGACAAAUUCUUUUGGGUGCGGAAGCCAAAGAGGACGAAUUCAAUGUUGUUGAGGUUCACACCGUCAAAGACAACUUGAAAAUUCCCAUUGCCGUUUUGAAAGCUGGUGAAACACGUGCCGUCAAUCCUGACAUUGAAUUCUACGAAACAUCCGCUACAUUCAAAUUGAUCAAAGGCAACGGUCCCGUUUACAUUCAUGGCCAAAAUAUCAAAGAUGAAGUGGAGGUGGUAGAUAUGGAUGAUGAUGAGUCCGAUGAAGAGGACGAUGGCGAAGAGGAAGAGGAUGAGGCACAACCACAAAAGAAGAAACAAAAAAUGGAAAAUAAUGCCGAUGGCAAAAAUGCCAAAAAUAAGAAGAAAUAAAUAAUAUAAGUUCAGCCAGUACUACCUCUCCUCUUUUUAUGAAAACAGACAUAAAAAACAAAAAACAAAAAUAAAAAGUUGUAAAAAGAGAA